CACCAAGCUUAUAUUCCCCAGCUCUCACUCUUCCCACCACCACCACCACCACCGCCGCCUCUCCUCUCCUCUCCUCUCUCUCUCUCUCUAGAAUUUCUCCAUCUCCAUAUGAUAGGAAUCCAGAUAUGAACACACUUGAAUUUCUACGGAGAGAGGAGAGAUUUUGAGAUGUCGCUGGGAAACAGGGGGCGUCCACCGAUGAAGAGGAAUUCGAGCAUGACAGAAUUCACGCUGGAUCUCAUCAACGGCGGCGGCGACGACCGCGUAUUUCCGCAGCUGAGUCCUAAUUUCAGCGGCGCUUUCUCCUCUCACCGCCGCAGCUCCUCGGAUUUCGUCGAAACCGCUAAUUUCCUCAGAGAUUGCUCCCUCUGCAAGCGCCGCCUCAUCUCCGGCCAGGACAUCUACAUGUAUAGAGGUGAUAGUGCUUUUUGCAGCACAGAGUGCAGGCAGCAUCAGAUGACAAAAGACGAGUGGAGAGAGAAGAAGCGUUCAAUUUCUAAGAAGGAGGUUGCAACCGCCGCCGUGAAUCACCUCUCCAGCGGCGGCGAAUCAGUGGCCGCUGCCGUGUAAGUUUGGCCGUUGAUGUCUCUCCGUUCAUCUUAUUCAACGGCUGAGAUUUGAUCAUCGCAUUAUAUAAGAAGAAAUAGUUCCAUCUUCUAUUAUUGCGCUGUUUAGGAAUUGAAUUGGAUUAUGUUAAGCAAAAUGAAUUAUUGUUUCGAUUUGAGUUUGAGCUCUCUAUUUUGUUUUAUUGAAAUUUUAUAAUUUUGUAA